AUGUCAAGUUCUGGAGGAAGUAAUAAGAAGAAAGAAGGUUUGGAUAUGGUAUCAAGUUCUGGAGGAAGCAAAGUUUUGAGUGAGAGACGAAGAAGCAAACGCAAGAAGAAGAAACCAGAGUGGAUGACCAGUGAAGAUUAUGUGUACAUGGCUGUUAUUCCUAUCAUCAGGGACAAGGAUACAAGCUCAUGUGCAGAAGCUUUGCAGUCUAACAUUCGAACUCUUUUGGCAGUGGCUGCUGCAGAGAAAUUGGAGCUUGACCAGUUUAAUGUCAAAACAGCUUUUCUAGAUGGGGUACGUGAAGAAGAUGUAUACGUGGAACAAGCUGAACGUUUUGAAGAUGGUACUGGGCGUGUUUGUUUGCUGAAGAAAAGUCUGCAUGGUCUCAAACAGCCAACAUGUAAUUGGAAGAAACGUUUCCUAGACUUCAUGAUGAAGUCUGGAUUUAAAAACAGUGAUCCUAAUCCAUGUCUCUUCUACCAUCAGAGCAACAAGAACUGUCUACAUGUUGCAAUCUGUGCCUAUGAUGAUUUAGUUGUAGGCAGCAACAGAGCAGAUAUUGAAGAGUUUAUGAAAGUGCUGAAGCUGGAGUUUCAUACAACUAGAGGGUCUCUCAACAACCUCUUUGGGUGGAUUCAGAAUAAUGAAGGUUGUUGCAUUUCAUUUGAAGAAGCUGUAAACGAAGAAGUGGUUCACAAUGAAUUGGAAAUAGACGCAGACAAGUCAGUUCAUUUUGCCAUGAUUAGCUUUCCUUCAAAGUACCAACUCUUAAUGCAUGUCUUCAUCCACAUUGAUGGUGUACAGCCACCUAUAUACAUUUGUAAAUCAUGUGGUGAGGUUUUUCCCAGCAAUAACAAGUUGAUCGAACAUUUGGAAAUCAGUAAUGGUGACCAAGAUUUAACUCCUGUCAAUAAUGAGGAAUUUGACUACAGUGAUUGCCAUAAGAACUUUGUCUUGGAAGAUAAUGUUAAUGACCACACUGUUCUACUUACUGCAAAGAGACUACACAAAUGUGAUGUGUGUGGCAAGUCUUUUAUUCGGUUGGCUCAUCUCAAGAGGCAUGGAUUAACACACAGUGGAAUGAGACCACACAAGUGUGAUAUUUGUGGCGAAUCCUUCACUCUGUUGGGCCAUCUCAAGAGCCAUUCUGAAACACACAAUGGAACGAGACCACACAAGUGUGUGAUCUGUGACAAGUCUUUUAUUCGCUCGCGCGAUCUGAAGAGGCAUUUUUUAACACACACUGGAAAGAGACCACACAAAUGCGAUUUUUGUGGCAUAUCUUUUACCCUGUUGGAUUCUCUUAAAAAUCACACUUUGAUACACACUGAAAAGAAACUAUAUUUUGUUGGCAUGCUGCGCCUGGUCUUACGAACAGUGCCACAUGCUGCUGUUACAUGGCUGUGA